AUGGAAGCCAAGCAGGCCGAGAAGAAGGAGCUCUUCUUGGAUGUCCCGCAACAAUAUCCAGCCUCAUUGACUCCCGUUUCGACGAAUCGAAGUCAGCCUCGUCCCAGUCUCCACUCCGGCCGAUCUUACGUGGAUGGACACAGCACAUACUUCAGUGACCCAGAGCCUGACGAUGGGCCGGAUCAACCACAAGAGGUGGACGUGGAAAAUGUCUCGAAGACGUUCGAAGUGGGUUGGGACGGCCCAGAUGAUCCUAUGAACCCCAAAAAUAUGCACACUGCAAGAAAAUGGUUGGUUGUCAUAACACUGGCCUUUGGCUCGUUGUGUGUUACGUGCACUUCUUCACUCUAUACGAUCACCUAUGAGCAAAUGGACGCAGAGUUUGGCAAUUCACGUAUCGUGGCAACACUCGGCUUGGCCCUCUUCGUCUUUGGCCUGGGGUUAUCCCCCAUGGUCUUGGGUCCUCUGUCCGAGUUCUAUGGUCGCCGUCCUAUAUAUAUUUUGGGAUAUAUCUUCUUCACCAUUUGGCUGUUUCCCUGUGCUUUUGCGCAGAACAUUCAGACCAUGUUGAUCGCCCGGUUCCUGGAUGGCUUUUCUGGAAGUGCCUUCUUGUCUGUUGCAGGCGGUACAGUCGGAGACAUGUUCAAUCGCGAACAGCUUCAAGCUCCCAUGAUGAUUUACACGGCUUCCCCUUUUAUUGGCCCGGGGCUUGGCCCUGUCAUAGGAGGCUUCAUCAAUUACAACACCACCUGGCGAUGGUCGUAUUACAUGCUCCUGAUAUGGUCCGGGGUAAUGGUGAUCGCCAUCACUUUGAUCGUGCCAGAAACGUACAUGCCGGUGGUGCUGAGGAAGAAAGCGCAGAUGAAGCGUAAAGAGACCGGAGACGAGAGGUACAAGGCUCCGAUUGAGGUCUACGAGAAGUCUAUUUUCUGGACAGUGGUAAGAUCUCUGUAUCGUCCUUUCAUGCUUCUGUUCUUGGAACCCAUGUGUUUCAAUCUAUGCCUGUUCUCCUCCAUCCUCCUGGGAAUCCUCUACCUCUUCUUUGGAGCUUUCAAUCUUGUCUUCACCGAGGUCUACCACUUCAAGAUCUGGCAGGUUGGUCUGUCUUUUCUCGGAAUGAUGAUUGGAAUGAUGCUGGCGAUUUCAUCCGACCCUAUCUGGCACAAGAACUACCUGCGACUUCUCCAAAAGCGGGAGGAGAGCACCGGGGAACGCAAGUCGGAACCCGAAUACCGGCUGCCACCCUCGAUAUUCGGCGGAUGGUUCUGCGUGGGGGGAUUAUUCUGGUUCGCAUGGACAAUCUAUCCAAGCAUACAUCCUAUCGUUCCCAUCGUGGGCAGCGGGUUUUUCGGAUUCGGGAUCAUUCUUGUUUUCACGGGAGUCUUCACCUUUCUCGUGGAGGCGUAUCCCCUUUAUGCGGCUAGCGCUCUUUCCGCCAACUCUUUCGCGCGGAGCUCGUUCGCAGGGGCAUUCCCCUUGUUCGGGCUUCAGAUGUACAGAAAGCUCGGCUUUCACUGGGCCACCACGCUUUUGGCAUUCCUCUGUUUGAUCAUGGCGCCAUUCCCGUAUUUGUUCUUCGUUUACGGGAAGAGGCUGCGGCAGAAGAGCAGAUUCACAACGCUUCCUGGAUGA